UCUUCUUCUGCUUCUUCUUCUUCCCCUCCUCUGUGAAGUGCUGGAUUUGAAGCAGAGGAGAAGGAUCGAUCCACGGCUUCUUGUGUAAGGUUUCGAUCUCAGACGGAGCGGAGGCGAUGGGUGCGGUAAAGGCUGCCGUUGGGGACGCCCUUAUCACGUUCGUUUGGAUGUUCUGCAUCUCCGGCCUGGGGUUCGCCACCUUCCUCAUCACGGCAGCUCUCGAAAUCCAAGGCGCCCAUUUCUCCCUCCUCGUCACCGCCUCCCUCAUCUUCGUCAUUGUUUUCACCUUCAACGUCAUCGCCGACGCGAUGGGCGGCGCCAGCUUUAACCCCACCGGCAACGCUGCCUUCUACGCUGCGGGAUUCGGAGAAGACACUCUCAUCUCGAUGGCCCUCCGCUUCCCUGCGCAGGCGGCCGGCGCAGUCGGUGGGCUCUUAGCCCUCUAUGAGGUUAUGCCGCCGGAUUACAAGCACUUAUUGGUCGGGCCUUCGUUGAAGGUAGAUUUGCACACGGGGGCCAUCGCCGAGGGUGCCCUUACAUUCGUCAUCACCACGGCCGUGCUUUGGAUUAUCUUCAAGGGGCCUCCGAGUCCGUUAGUCAAGGCAUUGAUGAUCACCAUCUGCACACUUGGGGUCAUUACUGCUGGCGAUAGUUACACUGGACCGUCCAUGAAUCCUGCAAAUGCAUAUGGCUGGGCUUAUCUCAACAAUCGUCACAAUAAUUGGGAGCAAUUCUAUGUCUACUGGAUCUGCCCCUUCAUUGGUGCUAUUUCUGCAGGUUGGUUAUUCAGAGUCGUCUUUCCCCCUCGCCCACCAGUAAAGGCUAAAAAGGCAUGACGAGGUCAAGUUAUUUUGGAUUGAUUUAGAUUGGAAUAACUUUGUUAAAAUGAUAAGUUGGUUAGUGAUUCUGCCAAUGUUUGGACAGCUAGAAUGGGAUAAGGAUGGAGGUGAAUAGAUUGGCCAAACUGGGUCGAAUUUAUUGAUUUCAAUACCAUUAUGCCUUUCUUGAAAGAUUUUGAGAAUUAAUUCUCAAAACCAUUUCAAAAUAUGGUCAAUAAUUGGAUGGUCUGUUAAUUAAAUUUGGAAUCGUGACUGAUUCUUUGAUAAGCCAUUUGUAGCCUCUCAGUCAUAUGUUACACAUUUUAUGGAAAUGUGUAUAUAAAGAUAUAUGGUAUUUUGGAUCUCUAUGCCUAAUAUUUUAUUAAAAA